GAGGGUGUGCGUGCAUGUGUGCGUGCACGCGCGCGCGCAUGUGAGAGUGAGAGAAUCUAGACGGUUACGUUGUGUGUUGCUAUGUGAGGAAUUCUAACAACCAUUGACAUCAUCCUACACGGAAGGAGGUAAGCGAAGUGAAGGAAACACUUAAGCGAUCGAGGGGUACAGAAGAGUUUCCUUCAUGUGGAGGGGUUCAUCCUGUGCCUGUGAUGUGUUUUGCGGAAUGUUCUAUUGACAAGCGCCACAGAACGAUGCACAGAUCCACGACACAACGUAACAGCAGCGGCCAAUGACGUCAGUGCGAACACAUCAACAGUGUCUGGAUGGACCGACUGAGGGUCUUUCUCAGAAUUUAACGCUUUUCUAAUCGUAUUAUUUUGGCGGAUGACUAGAGAGAGUGAGAGAGACCACCCCCCGUUUCCAAAUCCAUGCACACAGCCAUGCCCUCACAGAUGGAGUGAGCAAUAGCAAGAGAAAAGGAGGGAGGAAGGGAGGGUGAGGAGGAGAGAGAGAGUACUUGGCAGAGAGAGAGCGAGAGCAGCGAGGAGCUACGUAGGGGAGAGCUAAAGCAGAGGCAGCCGUCAGAGCGUCUGAAUGUGAACAGGACCCAGGUGGAAGAGAAGGAGGUUUCCUGCCGACAAUAGUCCCUAGGAGGAUUGUCUCCCACUGCUUGGAGUCCUGAAUGUUUCCGAGAGCAGUUUGACCAGCCCAGCUCUCCGCUCCACCGCCCUGGUAAAGGAAGAACCCAUCGUAUGCAGACCCCGGCCGUACGGAUCAAUCACGUUUGUUAUUAUUGAGGCUUUCUCUGAGGCAUCGCCGGGGAGGCACUCUUAAGUGCGCUGAGCCGGAGACGAGCGCAGAGAGCAGACGGCAUAUAGAGAUAUCCAACUGAGAGGAUCCCCUCUUCAAUUCAACCACCCUCUCACGCAGCCAGCCAGCUUGAGCUGCACAUCCACAGUGGUUUCAUCAGGACAUUCUUUUAUCUUUUCAUCUCUCUCUCUCUCUCUCUCUCUCUCUCUGACUCUGACCCAAAAGCAUUAUUGCGGACUAUUUCCUGCGGGUAAACGAGGUUCAACCAGAACAAUAUUUUGCCAUGGGAGAUAAAGGCACACGGGUUUUCAAGAAAGCAAGUCCCAAUGGAAAGCUGACCGUGUACCUGGGGAAGAGGGACUUUGUGGACCACGUCGACCUGGUCGAGCCUGUAGAUGGUGUGGUGUUGAUAGACCCAGAGUACCUGAAGGAAAGAAAAGUAUUUGUAACAUUAACAUGCGCGUUUCGUUAUGGUCGUGAGGACCUGGAUGUUCUGGGCUUGACCUUUCGGAAGGACCUCUUCGUGGCCAACAUCCAGGCCUUCCCCCCAGUGCCGGAAGACAAAAAGAGCUUGACUCGCCUUCAAGAACGCCUGAUCAAAAAGCUAGGGGAGCACGCUCAUCCUUUCACCUUUGAGAUUCCAUUGAACUUGCCAUGCUCAGUCACCCUCCAGCCUGGGCCUGAAGACACAGGGAAGGCCUGUGGAGUUGACUUUGAAGUUAAAGCUUUCUGCGCCGAGAAUGUAGAAGAGAAAAUACACAAAAGGAACUCCGUGCGUCUGGUGAUCCGAAAAGUCCAGUAUGCCCCAGAGAAGCCUGGCCCUCAGCCAAUGGCAGAGACCACCAGACAGUUCCUGAUGUCUGACAAACCACUGCAUCUUGAGGCUUCACUAGACAAAGAGAUCUACUACCAUGGAGAGCCGAUCAGCGUCAACGUUCACGUCACAAACAACACCAAUAAGACUGUGAAGAAAAUGAAGAUUUCAGUGCGUCAGUACGCGGACAUCUGCUUAUUCAACACGGCACAGUACAAAUGCCCAGUCGCAAUAGAGGAAACAGAUGACGUAGUAGCUCCAAGUUCAACGUUUUGUAAAGUCUACACUUUAACGCCUUUCCUCAAUAACAAUCGAGAGAAACGGGGCCUAGCUUUGGACGGGAAAUUGAAACAUGAGGACACAAACCUGGCUUCUAGUACACUGUUACGAGACGGCGCCAACAAAGAGAUCCUGGGUAUUAUUGUAUCCUAUAAAGUCAAAGUGAAGCUUGUUGUAUCUCGAGGCGGACUCUUAGGAGAUCUGGCAACAAGCGACGUUCACGUCGAGCUCCCCUUCACGUUAAUGCACCCUAAACCAAUUGAAGACGCAAUCUACAGAGAUGCUCCUGAUGAGACACCACUGGACACAAACUUGAUAGAAUUCGACACAAACGACGAUGACAUCAUCUUUGAGGACUUUGCAAGGCAGCGGCUGAUCGGAGCAAAAGAUGACAAAGAUGAGGACGAUGAGGGGACCGACUCUCCCCAGAUGAACGACAGAUAAAGGACAGAGCCGUUGUGCUGUUCAUGUGUUGUAAACGUACCUGAAGUUGUGAUACGGGGGGGCCACUGGGUCAAUGAAGUGGGAGGCCCUUUAGAGUCCAGCGCGGCCCUUUAGAGUCCAGGGGGGCCCUUUAGACACACUCACAGUGGUGCUGCUGUUCCUGUUCACAUUCGUCUUCUCCAUACUGCCAGGAUGUUAAUGAAAAAAUUAAUGGGAAAAAACAGCCUGGUCAUUGUAGUUUAAGGAUGGUGGACCUAGAUGUGUGGUUUCAAUACUUCUGCGGCCAGUUUAAAGCAAAAGGAAGUUAAUAAAAAAAAAACUCAAAUAGCAUUUCAUCAUGGCUAAAGCAAACUCCAGUGGUAGCAUGCCUUUAAUGUCACUUUGUUAUACAUGUUUUUUUAAUUAGGACUGAACAACGGUAAACUUUGUAUUUCCAAUUAUAUUCAAAUCGUAACUGUGGACUUACAUUUAAAGAAACACAAUUCAUUUACAACAAGCGACUGCCUAUAUCACAGACUUUGCGUUAGUAAUACACAGCACACUAUCAGUCAGAGCUGGACAUUCACACGAUUACAUCAUUCAUGUUAUGAAGGGAGCAUUUUAAAUUGUCAUUUACUGUAAAUUACAGGCUAAUCAAACCCUGCCUGGGGAUUAACCUCUCUUAGUCACCCCCAUCUUCUCCCCUCCCUCCCAGUCAUCCUCCCUCCAAGUCAUUCUUCCUCUCCCCAGUCAUCCUACCUCCCAGUCAUCCUCCCUCUCCCCAGUCAUCCUACCUCCCAGUCAUCCUAACUCUCCCAAGUCAUCCUCACUCUCCCAUUCAUCCCUCCCCAGUCAUCCUCCCCCUCCCCAGUCAUCC